AUCGCUGCCGAAGGGAGCGAGAAGGAGGGUGGAUGACAAGUACAAAAAGUUCAGCUACAAACAGACCUGGCAGCGCAGUGACGACCUGGUGGUUGCCAGUCGGUUUACUAACAACAAGAGAGAAAUGUAAAUACCGCGAAUUUAUCUGAAUUGGAAUUGAUUGAGCCGCUGCUUACGAAUCUCACAGCAAGCGCGACAUUUCGACCGAUUGGACCGACAGACGCACAGCUGGUGUCACAGCGCGGGAGAGGACGAGGUAAUAUGCCGAGCGAGCGAACUGUCAGCGAGCCAACUAUGACAUGGUAUCAGGCGAAGAUCCAGCGUCUGUGCGAAUCGAACAAUAUCGAGGAUAAGAAGAACAUUCUCAAGGAUGUCGAGAUCAAAUUCGCUGCGCUGAGGGACGGGGACGAGGAGCUCGUCGCCCGUAGCCUGGACCUCAGGCCGUUACUUGCGCAGCUAACCUCAAACGACGACAGGUACGAUGACAGAGAAUUCGUAGAGCUGCUAUGCCAGUUUCUGCUUGUCUUGUUCCAAAAGCUGGAACCUGGAGAAUUUUAUCAGAGAUAUCCAGUCGAAGUGUCCGCUUUAAUAACCAAUCCAAAUGCUAGUGUGAGAUAUCUUGUGCUACAUAAUUUUGAGCGCACAGCUAAGGAUCCAGUAAAGAUACUUCAACUGAUCGCCGACACCACGCUUCUGAUAUCAAUUGUAAACAGAAUCGGCGAUAACGAUUUGAAUGUCGCCAAAUGCGCGAUGAGUGCGGUGAAGAAAAUUGGAAAGAAUCCGAGUGGCCUGCACAUUUUGUAUAAGGGCGAGCUCCUGAGAACGUUCGCCAAGCUGCUCCAGGACGACACCGUUAGCUUUCGCGUUUACGAAGUGAUUGUCGACAUAGCCACGACGUCUCAAGAGGCUCUGGAGGUAACAGCCCAAUCGGGCUUUCUGAACAGCUUAAUCAACAUACUGGAGAACGACGACGUGCUGCUUCAGCUGAACGCCUUGGAGCUAUUAACUCAAUUAGCCGUGUCCGGGGAGGGCCUGAGUUAUCUGGAGCAGCAAGAGGUGUUGGUCAAGUUGGUCCAAAAGAUAGCGCAAGUCAACGAGAAUCCCCUGUCGAAUCUUGUGCUCCCGGGACUGAUGAAGUUCUUCGGUAGCAUCGCGUGUCACUGGCCCAACGAGAUGUUCUCCAAGUAUCCCGUGAUAGUCAUCGCGCUUUUCGACGUGAUAGACAGCGGGGACGAGAGUCUCCUGGGCCCCGCGUUGGACACUCUGGGAUUCGUGUCCGAGAGCGUCGAGGGCAAGUACGCGUUGGAAGCUGUAGGAGAUGACGCGAUGUUGGGCGCCCUGAAGAAAAUCGCCGAGAUAGUACAGAGGAUGCCGACCGAUUUGAGAAUUCGCGGCUUGAGCAGCCUCUACCGGAUACUCCGCGUCGAGAGGCACGAGCAGGACAAUAGGAUUUUGUCCCUGACGAAACUGUGGUUCGACUCGUUGUGCGACGAUCCGUUGGGUAUGAUCGUGGCGAUAUGCAGACAACCGUUCGCCGAUAUCAGACAGGGCGGUUUGGCGGUGCUGGGGGCUAUCAGUUCUCAAGUAUGGGGGCAAGAAUACAUAUCCACGUAUCCCGGUUUGGUAGAGUUCCUAUUAGAUAGAAAUGUCGAGUCGUUUAAGGAGUGUAAGCACGAGAAGUACCAAAUCGUGAAAUGUUUAUCUCAAGCGGAGCGAGAUAUAUUCGACGCGGACACUAUGCAGAAAUUCAAGCAGUUUGUCAAUGAGGGCCCAUACUUUGUCGAUGUUAAUGCGGAAGUCGCGAUAGAAGGCGAAUCGUAAAGGUAGGGGGAAUUAAUUUCUCGUUAAUAUUCAAUGUUCAUGUUAACGUUGUGUUCAAUGUCGUGUUGCGCAUAACAUAAGCAACUUCAGUAAGAGCAACAGUAAGAGACAGAAAUAAAUAUUUAUUUUUUAUUUGUGUAAAUAAAAGAUAUUGAUUAUCAUAAAGAGAGUAGUCUUCGUUCAGCGUUAUUGCAUUUAGUACAAACAAAAGCUGACAUUAUUGAAGUACGUACAUUUAGUACUUUUUUUCCGGAGCAGUUCGUUUCAUUCAGCGAAACGUUAUUGGAAUUUAUAUACAAA